AUGGUGUCUGCAUUUUUCUAUGGCACGUUGAUGCAUCCAGAAAUAUUGAAACGGGUCAUUGGAAACGAUGGUAGUCAACUUCAAAUGUGCCCUGCUCUCUUGCUGGACUACACUAGGCACCAAGUCAAGAAAGAGGAUUAUCCCGGGAUCUUGCCGUACUCACAAAGUCGAGCGAUGUUCGAUCAUGACCUCAAUUCGGAGGAGAAAUCAGUGAGAGGUUCUCUGGUAACCGGUCUAUCGGACGAAGAUGUUCGACUCCUUGAUGUUUUUGAAGGCGACCAAUAUACAAGAGAGUUGGUAUCUGUACAUCCAUUAGGACCGCUGGCCAACAUACGGGACAUACCACCGAUUGAGGUGAAGUCUCUAGUGCCCACGACGCCUCCAUCGAUCCCUAUGCUGUCCGAAUUGGGGAACCCUGUCGAGGCAGCUACCUAUGUAUGGUGCUUCCCCUCUUCAGAACUCCGGGCACAGCUGUGGACGUUUGAAGAGUUCGUGAAGCUUAACGCGUGGAAGUGGAUCGGGUCAGGCUGUACUAACAACAAGGACUAUGACGAAGUGGAUAGAAGAAGGGCUAUGGAAGGUACUUAUAUUGAUGCGAGAAGUUAG